CCGCCCGCGCGAGCCCCUGAAGAGGCUGAGGGGAAGGAGGACGAGGGGGAGGCGGGCCGCGUCUCCGCCUCCAGGUUGCGGAGGAGAUGUGUAUAAUACCCUGAAAGGAAGUAAGUUCAAGUAGUAUUGAAACCUAUGAUGUGACUCGACUGAGUGGAGAAGAAAACAAUAACGCUUCUAGCGUCAUCUUUACAAUGGCUACAGAUUCGGGUGAGCCAGCUAGCACUGAGGAUUCGGAGAAAUCUGAUGGAGUUUCUUUGGAAAAUAGCAUUCCCCCGGGUGAUGCUCCUUUGACAAUGGAAGGUAAACUGAAAGAGAUUGCCACUUUCUCUUCUGCUUCUGGCGAAAUUACCGAGAAGAAAAGAUUCUUCAGAAAGAGCGUGGAGAUCACAGAAGACGACAAAGUCUCCGAGUCCGCUCCAAAAGAUGAGAGAGAGCAGGCUACCACAAAUAGCCAGAGGAUAGACAGAAUCUCUGCUAAUGCGCUGAAAGGUGGACAAGAGGUUAAACACGAACAGUGUUCAAAGACUAUUUCAGAAGUUUCCAAAGACUGUCUCAAGGAGAAAAGCGAUAAGGAGAUAGAAGAGGAAGCGGAAAUGAAGGCCGUAGCCACCUCUCCAAGUGGCAGGUUCCUGAAGUUUGACAUCGAGCUGGGGAGAGGAGCAUUCAAAACAGUGUUUAAAGGUUUGGAUACGGAAACUUGGGUGGAAGUUGCCUGGUGUGAACUGCAGGACAGGAAACUAACUAAAGCUGAGCAGCAAAGAUUUAAAGAAGAAGCAGAGAUGUUAAAGGGUCUCCAGCAUCCCAAUAUUGUCCGUUUUUAUGACUCCUGGGAAUCCACAGUGAAAGGGAAAAAAUGCAUUGUUUUAGUAACCGAGCUGAUGACAUCAGGCACACUGAAGACGUACUUAAAGCGAUUUAAAGUCAUGAAACCAAAGGUUUUAAGGAGUUGGUGCAGACAAAUUUUAAAAGGACUGCAAUUUUUGCACACAAGAACACCACCCAUUAUUCAUCGGGACUUGAAGUGUGACAACAUUUUCAUUACUGGGCCCACUGGAUCAGUGAAGAUUGGAGACCUUGGACUAGCCACCUUAAUGCGCACAUCAUUUGCUAAGAGUGUUAUUGGAACCCCAGAAUUUAUGGCUCCUGAAAUGUAUGAAGAACAUUAUGAUGAGUCGGUAGAUGUUUAUGCUUUUGGAAUGUGCAUGCUAGAAAUGGCUACUUCUGAAUACCCUUACUCUGAGUGCCAGAAUGCUGCUCAAAUCUACCGCAAAGUAACUAGUGGAAUUAAACCAGCAAGUUUCAACAAGGUAACUGAUCCUGAAGUGAAAGAAAUCAUUGAAGGAUGUAUUCGUCAAAAUAAAUCUGAAAGGUUAUCCAUCAAAGAUCUAUUAAAUCACGCAUUUUUUGCUGAAGAUACAGGACUGAGAGUGGAAUUAGCAGAGGAAGAUGAUUGUCUCAAUUCUUCCUUAGCUUUGAGGCUCUGGGUGGAAGACCCUAAAAAGCUCAAAGGCAAGCACAAAGACAAUGAAGCAAUUGAAUUCAGUUUUAAUUUAGAAACUGAUGUUCCUGAAGAGGUAGCCUAUGAAAUGGUAAAGUCCGGCUUUUUCCAUGAAAGUGAUUCCAAAGGGGUUGCCAAGUCCAUCAGGGAUCGAGUUGCCCUGAUAAAGAAGACAAGGGAGAGGAAGCAAGCAGGGUAUUUGGAAGAGCGGAGGGAUUCUCAGUGUAAACUUGUGGGGACUGUCCUUCAACAACCAAAUACGUCCCUUCCUGCACCCUCCCAACAUGGGGUUACUGAGUGCGAAGAGACUGAAGUUGAUCAGCAUGUACGACAACAGCUUCUGCAACAGAAACAGCAGCCACUGCAGCACUGUUCGUCUGUCACAGCUGACAACUUGUCUGAGUUGGGACCUGGAUCAGCUGUUGUUUCUGAUGUUUCAAGUCAACACAACGUAACCUAUUCCUCAGAACAGACUAAAGGCCCUCAACAAGCAUCUAACGUGGUACAGGCUGAAACCAGCCUUCCGGGACAUCUUUACUCCUCCCAGCAACUAGUAGGACAUUACCAACAAGUUUCUGGGCACCAGGAACCCCAGUUGGCCUUUGGAGCUGAUGGACAGACCCCUGCUCAGUCUGUGGCUUUAGACUUGUCGGUCAUUGGAGUUUCCCAACCGAUUCUGGCUGCCGGCGUUUCUCCGAAGACGGUUUCCGUUUCACAGAUGAAAUCCCAGCAUCCAAUAAUGGGUGUUCAGUUAGAUUCUAGGACUGGAAGUCAAACUACAGCCACAGUGCAGGAUGUGGAUCCGGCUUCCAAUUUCUUACCUGUUAAUCACCCUCCGGUUCUGCCAUGUCAGUCGAACGCUCAGUUCAUGAGCAGUGUACAAGGGGUGCCCGGGCCAGUGCAGACGGCACCGACUUCUUUAGCUGGGCUUCCCGGGAUCCAGCAGGCCUCCCAACCGAUCCCAUCAGGGCAGCAGCCACCACCGCAGCCUCCGUACCCGAUGGUGCAUCAGGAUUCCUUAACGUCGUCUUCGAUGGUGCAACCGGGCCAGGCCGCGCCGGCGAAGCCGCCGGUGGAGCAUCUGCCUCGAAUAGUGCCACAGCCGCCAAGUUACCCGUCUUCUGUACAUCAGCAGCCUCUCGUUUUGCAAACCAACCCAGCAGAGCAAACGCAGGACCCUCUUUCGCAAGAAUCGCAGGCUCAGGUCGGUCUGCAACAGCCGAAAGGUGACCAGGGAAGUUUAGUUCAUCCCCCAGAACAGGUCUCCUAUUCUGUGCAGCCUACAUUCCCCGGACCACCCUCAGAGCCGACGGCUUUCCCAGCUCAGCCUCCCGAGCACUUGGCUUACGGAGUGCCGGCCAUGGAGCAGCCGCCUUACGCCGCGCAACCGGUUUUCUCGGUGCAGAGUUCUUAUCCGGUCCAAGUCCCGGAGCAGCCGUCUUACCCCGGACAACCCUCGGUGCAGCCUGUUUACCCAGGGCAGCCGUCCUACCCAGUGCCACCUCCGAUCCAGCCGUCUUAUCCGGCACCACCCCCGGUGCCUGCCUCUUAUUUGGUCCCGCCGCCGUCGGGGCAGCCUGCUUUCCCAGGGCAAUCCUCGGUGCAGCCACCUUACUCAGCACAGCCACCGGAGCAGAUGGCCUUUGCGGUCCAAGCGGCUUACCCUGGGCACCCAUUGGAACAGCCCCCUUACCAGGGGCAUCCCUCGGAGCAUGCCCCUUAUCCGGGGCAACCAGCCUACGCCCUGCCGGCUCCUGAGCAGACGGCAUUUCUGCCGCAGCAGAUGUACCCGCCGAAUCAUCCGGACGGCCAGCAGGCCCAUUUGACCCAGCCUGCCGACCAGCAGCUGUAUUCCGCCCAACGUUUGGUAGUGCAGCCCUCUGAACCACAAACCCUGUUCACCCCGCCACGAGACAGCAAUCCGGCAGCUGCGGCAGACCCGCAACCGUAUUCUACCGACCCAGUAUUCAAUAUUCAGCCGGCAGCCCCUCAGCCCCAACCGGAUUCCAGUAUCGGACACCAGCAGUUGACAGUUCCGCCUCAGUCGGUUAGCAUCGCGUCUCAAAGGACAGUGGAAGGACAGGCCCCGUUGUCCGUGCAGAUGCCUUUCGUCCAGCAGCCCUCUUCCCAGUGUCCGCCGCAGCCGUCCGCCUUCCCGCCCCAGCUUCCCCAGCAACACCUGGCACAGAGCCAGGUAUCUCAACCCCCGUUCAUUCAGCAUCAGCAGAUCCCUCACCCAGCCCAUCUACCGUCACAACCCACUCAUCAGAUGCCCCCUCAAGAGGCCCCUCUAAACCAGCAGCAGCCUUUGUAUGGCCAGCCUGCCCCUCUCCAGCAGCAGGUGCCUCGUGCCCAGGCGCCCAACCAAAUCCAGCAACCAGCAGCCAUAAUUGCCAAUACACAGGCUGUUCCCAACUUGUUACAGAUGAUACCUCCUUUGCCGGAUCAGUUGCAGCCCGUGGCGUUAGACCAGCAAUAUGUCCUGCAGCACCCAGGACAAGUGGCGAGCCAGCCCGCCUCCGCUCUCCUCCCGCAGCAGGCCCAAGCGCUUCACGCUGCAGACAACAGUCAACCAUUUCCCCAGCAGCAAAACCCGGGGCAGCACCAGCCAGUAUAUGUUCAGCAAGCGGCUCUCCAACCACAGUGGCAGCCGCCUUUGACCCAAGCCCCCGUCUCCCUGCCAGCAGAGCCACUGUUGCCCCAACAGAUCCAUUACCAGACCACUGGGGCAGCCCCUCCAAAUCAACCUUCUUCAUCCGUGCAGCUAGCGACACUUCACAUUCCGGGGCAGCCCUCUGCCAGCCUGCAGGGCCCACCUCACCCGCAGCAUUUUCAAAGCCAAGAAAUUGCCAAAAGUUCACAGCCUGCAUCUCAGCCAGUGAUACUCGAACAACAAACAGCUCUUCCCAAACCAGAAUUAAUCCAAGGCAUAAACCCUGAUGUAGCAGCUCUGAAGGAAAGCACCAACGGAAUGGAUAGUCCAAGUGGGAAUGGUAAACAGGAUAGGAUUAAGCAGAGGCGAGCUUCCUGUCCGAGAUCUGAUAAAGGGACCAAAUUUCAACUCACAGUCCUUCAGGUGUCAACGUCUGGAGACAAUAUGGUGGAAUGUCAAUUAGAGACACAUAACAACAAAAUGGUUACUUUCAAGUUUGAUGCUGAUGGAGAUGCUCCAGAAGAUAUUGCUGACUAUAUGGUUGAAGAUAAUUUUGUCCUGGAAAGUGAAAAGGAGAAGUUUGUGGAGGAAUUGAGGGCUGUUGUGUGCCAGGCCCAGGAGAUCCUUCGCACUCUCCCUAUAGAAGAAAGAGUAUCUGGAAUUGAUUCUGCUCAUUCCGAAUCCAUCAGUAGUCAAACAGGAUCAUCCGAACAAGUACAGAUAAAUCCUGCAUCCACUCAAACCAGCAAUGAAUCUGCUCCCCAGUCCUCCCCAGUUGGUCGCUGGAGAUUCUGUAUCAAUCAGACAAUAAGGAAUCGAGAGGCACAAUCUCCGUCUACUCUUCAGCAGCCCCUGACCGAGUCUGGGCUGCCACAAGUUACUGAUCCUGAAAACACAAGCAAUAAGGAAAUCUUCUCACAGGAAAUACUCCUCACUGUAGAAAACAAACCCCCUCAGGGUGGGCUCUUGACUUCUAAAACGGACCCAAAGGAUUUAGUUGAUGGUAAGAAUUCUGAAGGUAUUAGCGCAGAAACCGAGAAGCCAGCUUUUCCUCCUCAAGCGGAAGAUGAGAAUGAGACAUUGGCACCUGCGGCUAGUAGUUCAGAUGAUACUGCUGCUUCAGUUCAUACUGCUCAGAUUGAGUGUGGAGAGUCAACUGUCCAUGCCAACGAUGCAGUCAUGUCUUCUUGCCCACCUCAUCAAGCUGGAGGCCAUGUUGAUUUGGUUGCAGCACAUGCUGGAGAUUCACCACAGAUGACAGAUAAGUCUCUUAAUAUACCGGCUUUUGUUUGUGAUCAAAGCGCUCAGUCCUUUUCAGGGCAGGUGCCCACCGCGGAUGCCGAGUCUAUUUCUCAAGAAGGAGAAGCCGUAGCGAGCAGCGAAGCAAGUUCCGUGUCACAGACGGUCAUCCCCGCCCAGACCCCGGGCCUUGACCCAAACCCUCUUCACCACUCCUCUGUUCUGGAGUCGGAUGGUGAAAGACCGCCAAAAAUUGAAUUUGUAGACAACCGAAUUAAAACAUUGGACGAAAAAUUGCGAAACUUGCUAUACCAGGAGCACAGUACACCCGGUGGUUAUCCGGAGAGUCAAAAGGACACCCAGAGCAUCGAGUCUCCAUUUUCCUCCUCUGCUGAGGAUACUCUCUCCUGUCCAGCACCCGAGGUCGUGGCCAUCAGUCACUGUGGAUUUCAAGGGAGUCCUGUAGAAUCCCCAGAGUUUCCGCGGACCGACUGCGAAAUUCCGCCUAACCUGGCUGCGAGUCCGCCUGUUAAUAUACCCAUGCUCCAAGGGGAUCCGGAUGUUAUCACUUCUGCACCCAGCGAAUUGUGUUUACAUGAGACGUGCCCAGCUGCUUCACUUCCAGGGGAUCCUGAGGCUUAUCCUGCCACAGUGUCGAGCGGUGGAGCCGUUCAUCUGCAGACAGGAGGUGGAUAUUUUGGCCUAAGCUUUACUUGUCCUAGUCUCAAAAAUCCUAUUAGCAAGAAAUCCUGGACUCGCAAAUUAAAAAGCUGGGCAUACAGGCUACGGCAGUCAACCAGCUUUUUCAAGAGAUCAAAAGUCCGUCAAGGCGAGACAGAAGACAUGAGGUCAGAAAUUGCUCCCGAACCAAUUCCUCCAGCAGGGCAAUCAGCAGCUGAGAAUAGGAUUAUGAAUAGAUGUAAAACAAUGACUGGAUCGUUUCAGCGGGGCCGAUUUCAGGUGAUUACAGUGCCUCAGCAGCAGUCAGAAAAAGUGACUUCCUGUGCAAUCGAAAAUACACCAACGGUUGAACAGAGUACAGGCAGUUCCAGUGAAGACGUCGUAGGGAUAACUGGAAUGGAAAAGCCUCAGUCGAUGGCGGAAAUGGAGCCGGUGGUUAACAAUCCGCAAGUGGUUGGUUCUUCUCAAAUGUUAAGGUCCCUUUCAGAAUCUCAAAAGGAAGGCGGAGGAACUCCUAAACAAGGCGAAACACUGAUAUCUGCCAGCGUGGCAUGUGAGACAGACACAUCCUCAGUUACCCCUGAAAAGGAGCUGGAAGAAACCUCGACGACAGAAAGUGUCACACGGUUGGCAGAGGAGCCGUGGCCUGCGGAAGGGAAGGGAGCAUCAGUUCGGAAACAGCCAAGCUCCGAUAGUGAAUUGUCUGCUCCCCUCGGUGACUGUGAUGAAUCCGUAGAGAAUGCUGUUCAAGAGCAAGAACAAGGCAUAUCGCCCCAUGAAGAUGCAGGCUACGUUCAAGCACAGAGCUCCCUGUUCUACUCACCCUCAUCUCCGAUGAGUAGUGAUGAUGAGUCCGAGAUCGAGGAUGAGGAUUUGAAAGUGGAGCUUCAGCGACUACGUGAAAAACAUAUUAAAGAGGUAAUGAAUCUUCAAGCUCAACAAAACAAAGAACUGCAUGACCUUUAUGAACGCCUUCGAUCCGUUAAAGAUGGCAAAAUGGAAUCAUCCGAACUUUCUCUGCAACCUGCAUCACCGCGACGUCCAAGGUCUUUUAAAAACAAACUGCGCAGCCGACCUCAGUCUCUCUCCCAUGUGGACAAUGGCCUAGUUGCUACAGAGUGUUGUUGUACCACCACCGCAGCAUCCGUGAUUGACUACCAGCUGAGUAUUCAAGCUCACCUUCUGCACCAGAGCUGUACCCAGGAGGAGUCCAGCCAAGAUCCACUGUGCAUCAUGAGCAAUGCAGCUUCUUGUCAGCAGUCUCCAGCUAGCAAGAAAGGGAUGUUCACGGAUGAUUUGCACAAACUGGUGGAUGAUUGGACAAAAGAGACUGUAGGAAAUUCCCUUAUCAAGCCAAGUCUAAAUCAGCUUAAACAGAACCAACAGAAGCUAGAGACGGACAACUGGAACAAAGUCUCCGAGAGUACUUCAUCGACAGUGGGCUACACCUCGACGUGGAUUUCAUCUCUUUCCCAGAUCCGUGGAACGGUCCCAGCUGCGUUGCCUCAAGGAUUACCACUUCCGUCAUUUCCUGGCGCGUUAUCGUCUUACGGAGUGCCACAUGCGUGUCAGUACAAUGCAAUGGGGGGGACAGGUUAUCCAGUUCAGUGGGUAGGAAUUUCAGGAACCGCACAACAGUCCGUUGUUAUUCCUGCUCAACCUGUGGGAUCAUUCCAGCCUGGGAUGAAUAUUCAGGCAUUUCCAGCAGCUCCGGUGCAGAAUCCUACCCCUGGUCCCAAAUGAGUUGGAUUGGGUGAUAGCAAAUCUUCUUACAGGGUCAUCUGUGGUAGUAAAUGUUCCUUUCUGAGUUCUGCGGGAUUUUCCCUUCACCUGGAUAUGCUUAGACUCUUUGAUUUAUUUUUUUUUUCCCUGUUCCAGUGUGGUGGUAUUUGAUACACCUCAUCAACCUGUAGAGAUGUGCAGUUUGUACAUAGAUCACUGCACUUGAGAAUGAUUUUUCACUCCGAGUCCAAUCCCCUUUGACACUUGAUUUUAAUUUUUUUCAAUGCUGGUCGGAAUGCUUUGAUAAGCUUGGCUCGUGCAUCCCAACCCCCAGGAUAUUUUCUGUGCGUUGCUAAAGCCCCCCCUUAUCUCCUGUUGCUGCCUCUUGCAGCAGGAUAAUACCUUUUCUCUAAAUUUCUCAUCGGUUAUUCGAUUCGUGAAUCUGAAACAAGAACAAACGAGCCCUUCCAACCAGUCAAGCCACACAGGACUUCAUAUAUCGCGUUGUGACCUGGAGCUUGGGUUGAAGCUCAGCUUUCAAAGCAGACCGACCGACUUGCCCUAGGCACCGUUCGGUGCCUUCGUUUGGACCAACUUUAUAUCGCGGUUUUCUUCCCAUCGCCAUGGGUGUGCGACCCGAGCCGAAGUCAGGGUGAGUAGGUGGGCGGGAAUCGCAAAGAACUGUACCAGUUCCUUGAAUUUGAAAUUGCUGAAGCUGCUAAAAGAAUUUUCUCGUAAUUCGAAGCGGCUCAGCACAAAGCUGGCAGCUAUCCUUGUUUUCUCUUACACAUAUGGCAUUCUUUUGAAGCAGCUGAAGGGUGUUUGGCUUGCAGUCUUUGCAAGGGAUGUACCGCAGCUAGUCUGAGUCACAUUUUGUGGAUUCUUGUGUUCUCAAAGAGAGGUUUUCGGCCCCAGUUGGUAGUGUGAGUUCCAUCGAUCCAUUCGCCCGACACAAAAUGUACUUGGCACACAUCUGUGGGUUGUGAGACUUAUACGUGAAACACUGGCUUUACAAGGUUCUAAAAGCUGUGGGAUUGACCGCUCUGUCCUGAAUCCAGAUAGAGUCCCCUCAGGAGGUCUUAAUUUAAAUGGUUGUCAACUUUUUAUUGUUACAUUUUACUUUUGUUGGUUAUAAUUUCCUUUUAUGUUUGUGCCACUGUAACUAUAUAGUCACGUCGUAGAUGACUUAGAGUCCUAUGUUUCAGGAAGGAUUUGUUUUAGAAUCGACAACCUCUCUGGAAUCUGAGAGAGUUCACUGUCAAGUUGCACUUUACUGAGUUUUUAUCCGAGUGGGGUUUUUUUGGUUUUUUUCUUUUUUUUAAAGUAAGCCUUCACUGAUCACCAGACAGCUUAUUUACCUCCCAUUCCGGGUGUUUCAAAUCUUAUAAAAAUGUUUUCAAUACUCAUGAACCCGUGCAGUUUUGUCACUAAAAACCCGUGUUUCCCUUUUCGGUAGCUGAUCACCAGUCACUUUGGUAACCCCAAUUUUUCCGGUUUUAUCUGAAUCGCACCUCUGGGAAUUGUGCCUCAUUGCGUAACCAAGAAAUUCCACUGGUUUCCUUUCGCGGGGUCCGCUCCUUUCUAAGCAUUCUUAAUAUUGUUUGUGUUUUGUACACAAGCAUCGUGUUUGGGGGUUUUGUUGCAUUCUGGGCACUGCAUUGGAUAUGAGUAGCAAUCUCUGCUCUUCUUUUUUGCCGAUGUGGAAUUUGAUUGAACUCUUACAGUGUCUUGCUUAUGUACAGAUUCUUAACAAUAUCUUCUAAAAUAUUGAUUUAAAAGUUGCUGUAAUAUUGGGGCCUUAUAAUGGUGAAUGCCAAAGCUGAAAUGUUUUCCAAAUGUGCAACAUUAAUGCUCUUUCGAGAAUCCUGAAUGCUUCUUUAAAAUAACGACCCAGGUUUUAGUUUAAGAAUUGGCUUUUUUGUAAUUGUAUUGCGAUAUGCAAUCUCUAAGUAAAAAUAACUGCAUGUCGUGUUGAAGAUCCCCCCCCUUUCCAAUUCCAGUAUUUCAGAACUGUUCUAAAGCCUAAAAAAGUCUAUGGAAGACCUGCACAAUUACAGUAUUUGUGGCUGUUUUACAUACAUCCUGCAUUCUCUACCACCUCUGUUUCACGUAUAAUUCAUCAUUUUUGUUUGCCUGCAGACUUUUGCAGUGCCUUGUGAUAUUUAGAAGCUUUUCAGGUUUUUACUGGAAAGGAAAUUAGUUUUAGUCUUCUGAAGUUUGAAGAUGUUGAAUAGUGUCCUGCUGUCUCCAUGGUGAUAACAGCAGUGGGUUAACUUUUAUAUAUAUAUAGAAUAAAACAAAACGCACAUUAAAAAAGCAGUGAGUUUGUGCAGAAAUGAAGAAAACAGUGUUAUUCACACCACUGUUGUUUUUAUUUAAAUCAUUUUUUCAUUCUUUAAAAAUUUUCUUCAGAUUAUAGGCACUUUGACUGUAAAUACUGGAUAGUUUUCUACUUAGGGAUUUUUCAUUAUUUCGUAAUUUUGCUAAAAAGAAAUACCAGUGCCGUUUUCAUUCUUAAGGUACAAGAAACUUUUUUUCCCCAAAAACGUUAGGACUCUUAAAAAUAUAGCUUGUAAAAAAAUUCCUCUCUCCAAAAAAAGGAAAGAGUCUAUUAUAUCCAAGUGACUCGCUUCUUAAAGUCAGUUCUUAGGGUCCAUGAAGGAAUUGCUUUUCACUUUUUCCUGAUGAGCCUUCUACUUCAUUUAUGCACACACAUGUCUCUCUUUUCUUUUAGGAUUAUUUUGUGACUAAUGGAGGUGAGACGUUAUCCUGAGCCAUCCUAUUGGGGGGAAAAAGAGUUAAUUUUGGGCGAGAAUAAUCUAUUGUCUUAAUGCCAUGUUUACUUCUCAAAGUGCAAGUCCAAUGAUUAGUACUGUACCUUCAUGUGUAUCUGUGAGCUUUUUACCAUGAAGUUCCUGCCGCUGUGUCUGUGAAGUCAGGUGACAUCCCAUUUAAGAAUAUGAAACAGGUAUUUAGUGUAAAUCUGUUGAAAAUAACACUUUGUAUGUUUGUAGCAGUCUUGAAUCUGUAUUUAAGGUAAUUUACUGUAAUAUAACAACGAGCUGUUUUGUUUUUCAUCCCUCCUUUGCCAAUUUUAUAUCAAGCAUGAAUCCCACUAAUUUGACAGCAAAAUAUCUGUGAAAGUUUAAAAGGCACUUUUCUGCUGUGAUUUUUUUUUUUUUUUGGAUUGAGUGUGGAUUGGUUUGUACAGUCUGAUGGAAUGUAUCAUUUUAGUAUCUCCAGCUUUAGGUCCAGUUCAGUUACUUUUGUUUAUCUACCUCGUUUUUAGUGCUGUUUUGGGGUGCACAAGUCUACCCCGUUGUCUGUGGAACUUGUGCUUCUUUUUUUUCUUUUUUUCUUUUUUUUUGCCUUGAUUUUCAGUAUUCUUUCAGGUCUUAAACCUGACACGUUUCCAUGUCCCAUUAUGGAAUAAAGGGACUCAACCCUCCACCAGCCUCUUUAAAUGAAGAGGUCGAAUUUGCGCACCUCUGUUGAAAUAAGCUGUGGGGUUUUUGUGAUGGGGUGGGACGGGGUGGGAGGAUGGGGAGGUGGGAGAAGGGAAGUUUGCAAUCCAGGACUGGUGGGCAAAUAACCAUAUGGCAUUUACUUGCCUAAUAAAUGUUAGGUGCGUUACCUAAUUGGACAAUCCACUGCUGUCUCCCAGAAUUUUAGAAGAGAUGUGGUUGUUUUCUGCAUGCACAUUGAACUAUGGAUUGAAACGCUGUCAGUACCACCAUCAAACCAUUAAAAAUGGCAUUGUCACAUUGCCCCCCGUUAGGUGUUUGGAAUGAUUUUGGGUCACCGUACCAAUUUCCCCACGUGUCGUCAUUUUGGAAGUAGAAUCGGAAUUGGUGGCAGCGGUUCCACAUAACUGAUUGUUCAUCCAAUCCCCAGACUUGCAGUGCUGUUGUAAUUACUCUUUGCUCUCUCUUUCCGGGUGAUUAAAAUGAUGCAUUCCAUGUUUUUGAAAACCCAGCAAUAGGUUUGUAGAUCGUAUGUCACAUGUUUUCUCAGUAACACUGUAGUGUGUUGAUGUUGGUAAAAAAUACUGUAUUUCAGCUAUCACCAUAAAUACAUUCCUGAAGUACAUUUGCCAUCUAUCUAAGAUGUGGUGGUUAAAUUUUCCAUUUGGUUCAAAAGAAAUGUGCAGGUCAUUUCCAGGAAAGGUUUCUGCCAUUUUUUGCUGUUUUACUUUAUUGGAAACGUCUCCCCUUUCCCCCUAGUAAAUGAGUCGCAGAGAAAAGCAGGCUAUUGAUUGGUAAAUGUAAGGCCCAGUUUUAAAACUUUUGGAAAGGAAAACAGAUGUUUCAGAUGGAACAUUUAGUUUUGCAAGGGAUUUAUCAGCGGGUGGUGUUAAUAGGAGUCUUUUACAGCCGACUCCUCUUGGUCUUGAAUCCAGAUCUUAGCUAAAUCCCCGGAUUCGAACCCAAGUUACGCGGAAAUAAAUCUACUGUGUAUGUGAAGGAUGAUAAAUGCCAUUAGUUGGUGGACUUUGGGAAUGGGUUAGGAAGAGGAGUCGGGCAACUCUGAAGUUCUACGGAGAUGAGAUGGCUAGAAGACCGAGGGAGUCGGCGGCCCCCAUCGUAGAAGGUUUCUGGCCGAACCGAACAGUCAGGCAAGCGCGGGGGUAGAAUGGCCCAGAAAAGAACCGGUGCUUGCCUUUGAGCCAGGGUCGAAACCAAUCUCCCACGAGUACAUUGUUGGUCAUCCGUCCAGUUUGACCUGGUAAGAGCCGAAUGGAUUCCUCUUUUCAGCAAAAACCAGUAUACAGAGAUUGAGGCCUGUGGUCCAGAGUUUACCCCCAUCAGACAUAAUGGCCAUUCUGAAAGUGCAAUUGUUUGAGGUCUGCCAUGCUAAAUUACUUUAAGCUCUAUUGUAUUUGGUAUGCUAUUAAGCAUGUAGACCUAGUGCAGCAUGGGAGCCACUCAGGAAGUUUAUGCAGUUAAUAAACUUUCACGCAUAAUUUACUCUGAAGUAUGCAGAAGUUCAGCCACUUCUCCCCAUUUAACGGUUAGUUGUAUAUGUGAACUCUCCUUUUCUUGACUGGGGAAUGUAGCAUCGUAGAAUGUCGUUACGCUUAUUUUUUAAAACUUUUGACAUUAACCUGUUUGGUAAACCAGUUUGGUCUGCCUUUCGACAGUCGGUUGAUUUUUGGUUUUUUUGAAACUGUGAUUUUUAUUUCAUUUGUAUUCAGCCAUUACAGGGUUUUUUUGUUUUGUUUUUGAAAAGGAUAAUAAAAGCUGUGUUAAAUGAG